GGGACUGGCAUCAGCCAUAACACAGAUCACUUUAGCAGUCACAGGGGAUUUGAUCUGAUUGAAUGCGUGGGGGAGAGUAGAAUAGAGGCGGGAGCAGGGAUUAUUAAAGGCUUAGGGCUUACAGCGCUCUGCCCUUACCAGGAAGAGCUCUGUUAGUCUCCUCUGUAUUCCCUCUCUGACGCAGUGAGAGAAAAUGAUAGAUGGCUAUGCUAUGGCUGGCUCACGGACGAACAUGGAGCACUGGACAGUUUGUGUGUGUGUUGAGGGGGGUGCAUGAUUGAGGGAAGCUUUUUGGAAUCUUUUUAAGUGGGUGAAUCUGCCAUUUCAAGAUCUAAGGUGCCAUGAAGGACCCAUGUCGUGUGUGUGGCGCUCGUCUGUUUGGAAGCCAAUGCCGCUGGAUCUUCAGCCCAUCAGCAAACAGGAAGCUACAAGUCAUCCUGUCCCAUGUGCUUGGCUGGGAGGUGACUCGUGAUGGUCGUGGGGAGUUCCUCUGUGGGAAAUGUGUGUUCCAGCUGGAGAAGGUGGUGCACUGUGAUGUUGCCAUCAGUCGGCUGUUGGAUGAACACAAUGUUCAGCUCCAGAAGCUCCAGGCAGAGAAAGAACACCUGAUCCAGUGCCUUGUCCACAUCUAUGACAAAAACAACCGAACCCUGGAAAAGGGUGAUGGGGAGAGCCACACUUUGAAGACUCUGUCUUGGUGCUCUGGAGUGGGCAGUCCUGACGAGGGGGCUCUGGGUCCGCUGGCUUUAGAGGGAGGGCAGCUGAGGGAGUAUGGUGGUGGUCAUGAGGAAAAUCGUAUGAAAAGGUGGGUGAGUCUGGAUAGACUUGGAGGUAAAGGGGCACUUCCUGGGCGUUCAGGCCUCAGAUGGCCCAGGCUCGGAUCAGGAGUAGGCUUUGAAGGACCUGUGAAGUAUGCUGGACUCCGGGGCACACGCCACCGCUCCCAGAGCAUGUACCUUGACCUUGUCCACCGUAAGGGCACAUUGCCCAGCCCUGGGUUCAAAGGUCGUUCCACAUCUCUGCAGUCCCUCAAUCGAGACUUUACCUCUGAUGCUCCUCCAGACACUAAAGCCAAAAGAGCAUUCAGGCAGUCGAAAGUGUUUGCUGUCAGAGACAGUAUCACUUAUGGACCAGCAGGAAACCUUCAGGCUAGAGCACUGCUUCACCGAUCCCCAGGCCAGCCCUCUGUGAUCUCUGAUCUGAUCCAGCUUCUGCGCUCCAUCUCCAAACGUCAUGUCCCUGCCCAUCCAGAGAGUCGCAUCCCUGUCCUGAGGAUAUCUAUUGGUGGCCACUUCAACCUGCAGGCCAAGCACAGGCACAGAGAGACAGAGUCAAAGUCUCUGCAUGACCUCACUGAGGAUUUUGACGAUCACUACAUUCCUGUCAGAUUGGAGCAGAGUGAGGUGAGUCGACUGGAGUCCAGCAAUAAGCUGCUGAAUGAAGAGCUCAACCAGGCAAAAUGCACAAAUGAGGACCUAAAAAAAACACUGGAGGAUUCCCAGAACCAGAACAAGACCCUGUCUGGGACGUUGGAGGAGAAGGAGAAGGAGAUCGACUCUGAGAGGAAAAAUGCACUGAAGCGAGACAAAACCAUCCAGGGGCUCACUCAGGUCCUCAGAGAAAAGGAAAAAGAGAUUUCAGAGCUGUGUCGCGAGAUUGAGGACAGAGAUGAGGCUUUGGCCAAGGCUAGAGAGGCAGCACACAAAGCUCAACUGCAGAAAUACCAGGGGGCAGAGGAGCACCAGACUCUGUUGAUGGACAAGCAAGCAGAGCUGGCCCAGCUCCAGGGGGAACACCACACCAAGGUACUGGAAGCCCAGAAGCUACAUCGUUCCCUGGCCAGGAAGGAACAAGAGCUGGCCGACAUGCAGCAGGCAAAGGACCAGCUGGAGGUGGAACUUGAGGAUUUACACCAGCAAAAGAAGAAAGGAGACAAAGCCCUUAAUGAUUUGCAAAAUCAGCUGAAGAAGCUGACUGGGGAGAUUGGGGACAGAGAGAGUGCUCUAGAGGAGCAGUACCAGGAGCAGCUGGACCAAGCCAAAAGAAAACUGCAGGUCCAUGAGAUCACUAUCCAGCGCCUCAUGUCCAGCCUGGCUGACAAAGAGCAGCAGCUGCAGGAGUACAUGAAUAUGGUCAGAGACAUUGAGCAAAGCAGAAGCCCAGGAGGAAGUGAUAGCGUGCUUUCCAAGUUGCGGGAACGACUUAAGGAGAAAGAGAAGGCUCUGGAGCAAGCUUUGGAUGAGAAGUUUGCUGCCAUUGAGGAGAAGGACAAUGAAAUACACCAACUGCAGCUAUCUUUAAGGGAAAGGGAGAGGGAUCUGGAGAGACUGAAUAACCUGCUCUCUCACAAUGAGGAAACCAUUAAUAGUUUUGACAGUUUGAUCAAGGAGAAGAAUGUGGAGCUGCAACAUCUUGCCAACACUUUAAAGAAUCUGCAGAGAGCUAAGCAGGAUGUGGAGGAUAACCUGAACAGAUCCUUGAGGGAGAAGGACUCCAUCAUUAGCCAGCUGCAGCUCUCUCUGCAGGGCAAGACAAAGGAUAUGGAGGAAAUGGCUGCAGCAAUGCUGAGUCAGUCACAAACCCAGGCCCGUGACCUGGCUGAGCAAAUGGGCCAGAGGUUAAAGGUUACUGAAGCUAUGUUGGCUGAGGCUGUGAAGGCCAGGGAGAGGCUGGUCUCUGACAACGAGAGUGCAGUGGAGGGACUGCUGGCCACCAUUAACAGCAAGGACCAGCUGCUCAAGGAGUCGGCCGAGCACUACAACCGCUUGCUGUCUGAGCGUGCCCAGGAGAUCCAGGAACUGAGGAAACAGCUGUGUGACAGACAGCAGCAGCUUAACAGUGCCGAGAAACACAGCUCCGCGGCAGCCCAGGAGGGUUAUCUAGAGACUGCUGAACUCAGAGCACUGCUGGCAGAAAAGGAUAGUCUAAUCAGCAAGCUUCUGGAGCGUGGUCAGGAGAGAGACCAGUUCCUGGCUGAGAUGAGACAAAAGGACGGGCCAGAUCGUGUGCUGGAGCUCAGACAGACCAUCCAGAUCAUGCAGGAGAAGCUGGAUGAAAAAGAAGCUGAACUGUCCAGGAGGAACAGUGAAGAUAGCACAGAGAAUGCCCCACUUAGCAAGAAAACAGUCGUCAUUCUGAAGAAGGAACUAGCACAGAAAACCGAGGCACUGAACAAAGCACUUAAAAGGGAGAAUGAACUGAAGAUUUCACUGGCAGAGGUACAGUCACUGUUAUCUGAGCUGGAGGGAUGCUAUAAAGGUCAGGCUGCUAAUAUAGAGUCCCUGACCUCCACUCUGGAGACCAAAGAUGAGAUAAUUAAUGUCCUCCACCUCCGUCUCGGUCAGAGAGGGGAAAGUCAGACUGGUCAUACCCAGGAUCAGGCCUCUGGGGCUGGUGUGGAGAGAUCACUUCCUGCCCUGCCUCAGAGAGAGAGGACCAUCAUUGGUGGAGACAGCCAACAAGAAGGUUUGCCCAACCUUACAGCCUUGCAUGAGGAGCAUGAGGCCCUGAACAGAGCCCUGAGGGCUGAGCAGCAGCUCUACUCCAGCCUGGUCAGGACUGUCAAGGAGCAGGACAGUGCCCAGCGUCUCCAUGCCCUGCAGCUUGAGCUAACAGCGGUGCAGCUCCUUAGGGAGCAACUAGAGGAGGGCAUCAAAACCAAUGAGGAGUUAAGGGACGACUUGGAGAGAGAGAUACACAGAGCCCAACUCAAAGAAGGUAUGGAUUUGGUUGAUCCUAAAGAGUUAGAGAGCAUGAGGCAUCAACUUGAAGAUGCUCAGCGCUGGAAUGCCUCUCUGCAAGCCCGCCUGGGAGCCAUCCAGAACCGCGGAGGAGGGGUUGGAGGAGCCAACGACAGUGGUGACACUUUGAGUUUCAUUGGCGAUCAGACUUCCUACAUGAGUAUCUGUGUGGGAGAGGGACUCGAGGAAGGCUUGUCUCAACUCUCUGCACAAGAGCUCAGACAGAAGGUGAUGGAGCUACAGGCUCUGAAUGGGGAGCUGCAGAGAAGGCUGUUGACGUUGGAGGGGUCUGAUCAUGACCCUUCCAGCAAGGAUGAUCAAAGCCUGGCCAGCACUAACUCUUGGAAACAGCAGCUAGAGAAGAAGGAGGUGGAGCAGGUCUCUGCACACAGUAACAGGAUGCACCGCCUUGGUCAGGAUAAAGAGACCCAGACAGACAUCAAACUGGGACAGGUGGUAUCUGGAAAUGAGUUGGGUGAUGUCAGUUUACACAGUGGUCAUGGCCACACUGGAGAACAUGCUCAGUCUGACAGUGACACCUUUGACAAUGGAAAGAGAGAUUUUGGGGAGAGGAGCACAGAUCAGAUGGUGCUGAAGUCCCUUCUAGCUGACUGUGGGGUCCCAUCGGCCCCCCACCUCAGAGAGGAGCUGCUCAGACUUAGGUCAGAGAAUGGAGAGCUGCGGGGUCUCCUGAAGGAAGAAAAAUCUGCUGAGUCUAAAGAGAAAGAGAGUGCAGACACUUCUGGGGACAGUAGUGACGGACAGAUUGAAUUGAGAAGGACUGAGGAGAGACUGAGGGCAGAAGCAAAAGGUCACUUCAAGGUCACCAUGCUGUCGAAGGAACAGGUGAGGACAAACUCUGGGGAGCUGUCAGACGGAGAAAACCAUGUCACCUCAGAGCUAAUUGUCAGCAUGGACAAGGAGAUGGAGAGUCAAGAAACUAAAGGCCAGUCACACAGCAAGAAUACAAAGCAGCAGAUCACAGGACAUGGGACUGUACUCAAAUCUCGGCUUCCUGUUCCCGUGAGGCUGAGAACAAUGUCUAGCAGUAGCAGACAGUCUGUGAGCCAGCAGUUUGGGCAGGGCUCUGACCACCUGAGCACUGAUUUGCUUCAGCACCCACAUUCAGACCAUGUUUAUGGGCCUGGCCUGCACUCACCUGCUGACUCUGAAUCCCCCAGGUCAUCCCAACACAGCACCUCCCCUUAUUCUACCCUCAAAUAUGCCCACCACAGUGACAGUCCACCAGGAACUGACAAAGGCUUCGAAGCCAGGCGAACGCUGGACCAAACCCAGGUGGACUCUCCUCUUUUUACCCAGCUGGAGCUUCUACACCAGGAGUGCCAGGAGAAGGAGGCACUGAUCAACAAGCUAGAGGGGCAACUUGCUGAUUGGGAGGAGCUUCAUGAACAGCUCCAGGAGAAGGACAGACUUAAUCACAAAUACAUAGAGGCCUUACAGGCAGCAGAAUCCACCAUUGCUUACCUGACUGCCUGCAACCUGGACAGACAGGGUGAACUUGGGUUAUACUCUAGUUUGUGUACAGGUUCUAGCUCUGUGGGUUCCGAUGCUGCCCUCCAGAGUAGAUGCAUGGAACUUGAGAAGGCUCUACAGGAGAAGGAGAUGCUCAACAGCCAUCUUAUUGAGUUUUUGAACAUGGCUGAGAAAGCUGUUUCUUCCCUCAGUGCCUCUUCAUCUUCCUCAGGCACCCCAGAGAAGAAUGCAGAUAUCAGUGAGUUGUGUUUGAAGUUGGAGACUGCCAUACAGAAGAUGAAAGUAUUUUCAGAUAGAGAGAACCCAGGUUUAGUUUUAGGAGCUCCUAUACCCGAACUGCAGCAGCAUGCAGACUCCUUGCAGGAAGCACUGUGGGAGCAGAAUAGGCUCAAUGCAGAGCUACAGGAAAAACUAAGGGCUUCAGAGGCCGCUGCUGCCCAACUUGGCCACAAGAAUGCAAGCACUAGCCAGGAUGGUAACUGCAAUCAGCCGACAGCAGAAGAGUCACUGAAAAAAGACGAGUCGCAUGACCAUGGGAAAAAGGGAAGCUCUGGUAAUAGCAGCUUAAGUCAGAAGGAGAUGACCAUGUGUCUGAAUGACUGUCUUAGUGCAGCAGAGUCUGCUGUUGCCUGUCUGACAACACACUUUACCAGCACUAGGUCUUCUACCUCGGGUAGAUCAACUCAUGCCAGCCUGGACCUGCAGCAGCAUUUAGACAGACUUCAGAGAGCUUUACAAGACAGGGCAGAACUGGAAGGCCAGACAGAGCCAACCAGCAGAGUCACCAGCAAUCAGUCCACUGCUCGGACUAAGGGACAACUUCACAGAGGACUCCAUCACAACCUCUGUCUCCUCCAAAAGGCCUUAACUGAUCACUGCCAAAGGAUUUCUGAACUUCAGGCUUCCCUACAAGAAGACAGGAGCCACAGAGUGGAGAGCGAGGCCGAAAGGAGAGAGCAAGAUGCCAAGGGAGUACCACAGAGUGUUCAUGUCCAGCUGGAGACUCUCCAGAAGGCUUUGAGGGAGAAGAACAGAGCCUGUAAAAGCCUAGAGGAGAAACUAGCUCAUGCUCAAUCCAUCAUUAGCCUGAAGAACCCAUCCAAGAAAUCCUCCCAUGAAUCUGCAUUGAAAGAUCUGGAGGUUGGUGUGCGGCCUGGUGGUAGUGCAUGUAGCCUGCCUUCGCUCUUAAAACAUGAGCAGGCCACUUUCUCCUCUACUGAGAACUUGGACUCAACUUCGACCACUUCCUACCCCAGCUCUCCUGCUCUCAGCUCGCCGAAGGUGAGUCUGAAAAGCCUCCAGGCGUAUGAGGACUACGGUGUGUCUGAGGAUCCACUUCAGCUACAGGCCCAAGUCAGAGAGCUGAAGGUCCAGCUGGAGAGCCAGGCUAGACUCAUCCUUCAGAUGCAAAGCCUCCUUCGUAGGAACUCCCUUUCCAGUGACCUAGUUACCACUACUUCUGACCCCUCAAUGGUCAGGGACAAACAAGGACUACAGAGGGACGGAAGCACCCAAGACAGGAGCAACACAAGUGUGGAGCUAAGAGAGAAGAAGGAGGGGAAAAACCAGGCCACGAAGGAUAAGACCAGCCAGGUGGAGCUGGACAGAGAGAGGACUUUGAACAGGAGCCUGACUGAACAGCUGCAGCAAAGCCACCAGCGCAGCCGGUCUGCGUCUCCUGCAAGACUUGACUCCUUGGUACAAUCCCAGGCCAGGGAGCUGUCACAGCUGAGGCAGCAGAUCAAGGAGAGCCGCGGGCUGGGAGCCCUGCAGCGCCGGCAGCUGGAGGAGCUAAGCAGGGCCUUCAAGGAGCUGCUGCAGGCCAGUGAUGUGGACUUCUACAUGGGGGAGGUCCUCAAAGAGCAGCUGGACAAGAGCCUGAGCAUCCUCGACAGACUGGAGGGACGGCUUGACAAAAGUAGCUGUCUUGGUGGAGAAGUUCAUCUAGAUAAUGACGAUGCUGCAGCUUUGGAACUGGCUCAAAGGUUGUCUAAGGAGCUUCAGGAGAAGAACCGUCUCAUCCAAAGCCUGCAGAGCCAGUUGAGAGGCCAGAGUCCCAGCAGCCACCACAGCUCCCACUCUGAUUUGUACCACUUGGACAGGGCCACCCCUUCCUGCCGUAGCAGCCCAACCACACAUGGUAAUGCAGCUGUGCAUGGCCAGAGACACACCGCUGAUGGGACAGGAAUAGGUCCUGAGGCUGAGGUCCAGCAGCAAGUGCCUCCUGUAGGAGGAGCCGAGGCUCAAAGUGUUUCUGGUUAUAAGGACAAUGCCAGAAGACUGCAGGGUCUGAAGAGGGAGAAUGGGCGACUUCAGGAGCAGCUGAGGAGUAGUGAGGAGCUCAACGCUUCCCUGCGUAGUGAGCUGGACCUGCAUCGUUCUAUUAUGGCCCAGACCAGCUCCCACCAACACGGACAGGAUGAAGGCCAGGACUGGGAUGGGUUAGGGCCUCAGAAAGAUGGCCAUAAUGGAGAGGGACACCCAGCGUCACAUCAGGAUACUACUGGACAGCCUAGCACCAUGAAUCCAGACCUGCUGGCAGAGCAUUUACAGGAGAUUCGAGCUUUGCGGAGGCGCCUGGAAGAGAGCAUUCGCACCAACGACCGUCUCAGGGAACAGCUGGAGCGGAGGCUGGCCGAGGUGGAGAAAGACCCGGCAGCGACCAACAUCUUCAUCCACGGUUCAGAGGAGCAGGGUCAGCUGGCCCAUGAGGUGCGCUUCCUGUGGGGACAGAACCAGGCCCUGAAGGACCAGCUCAGCCUGGGAUCUAGAGACAAGCAGAAAGAGAAUGAGAAGUUACGGGAGACGCUUGCCAGGCGCACGGCCAAGCUGGAGCAGAGCAGGAAGGAAUGUGAAGCUCUGAGGCAAGACAACAGCCGCCUGCAGGAGAGGCUGGAGCGAAGCAGCCAGGAAAACACACAGCUGCAGGACUCACUGCAUUACAGCCGGGAGGAGCUGCACAGGUUGCAGUCUGAGGUUAACCUCCAGAGGCAGCAACUUUCUGACUCCCAACAUCUUCUCCAGUCCUUGCGUGUGGAGCUGCAAGUCUACGAAAAGAUCAAGACUGGAGCUCACAAACACACAGAAUCCGGUGAGGCGUCCCAGGAGCCUGUCUCUGCCCCGUCCUCAGGCUCAGUGGACCUUGGGGAGCUGCUGUCAGAGAUCAGACACCUGAGGCUGCAGCUGGAGAGGAGCAUCCAAACCAACACGGCGCUCAGGCAGAGACUGGAGGAGCAGCUGCUCAGACGGCCCAACCGCUCUGACACCAUCAAUAUCAACUAUCUGCUCUCCACUUCAGAUGAGGGAGGCAGGUCGCCUGGUCGUGAGGGUUGUGAUCCUGUCCGCCGCUCCUCUCAGUCCCACAAUGAAUUCACCAAUGUCCUGCGUGAAGUGACACAUCAUGCUCAGCUGGAGUCACAUGACGGGUCCCACUACAGUGGCAGCUCUGGUGAGAGUCUCUCCGGCACGCCCUCCCGACUAGUGCCAGGUCACCGGCUGUGGGCCAGUCGCAAUGGCCGCCAUGUUUUGGGUCUGAUUGAGGAUUACAAUGCUCUACGCAAACAAAUCUCUGAGGGCCGUAAGCUCACACACAGCAUGGAAACACACCUGCAGGAGUGUCUGCAUACACUCAAGCAACAGGGCCCCGACAACAGGGUGUUGGAACAGCCACAUGUAAAGAAUCUGUCCAGCAGCUUGAACACCAUGCAGCAGGUCCUGGAGGAAGCAGGUCGACUGCUCAAACUUGUGUGGCGAGUCUCACUGCCGUCUGCCAGCACAGCCGGGGACGGCAGCAACAACCAGCAGGAUGAACUGUUGAAAAAUGAGAUAGCCAGGCUGAAGAGCAGGCUGUGCCAGCAGGAGAGGAUGCUAAGUGGAGCAGUUAAACGCCUACGCACCACCAACCAGCUCAAAGAGGGAAUGGAAAGAGUCAUCAUUGAUCAAUUGUCACUGACCCAUGGAGUGCUGAAGAAAGCCCGAGGGAAUUUAGAGACAAAUUACUAUACCCUCUUUGGCCUGAAAGGCCUGUCUGGAGGACCAGACGAAGGAGGUUCCAGUCAAUGGCCAAUAGGUGACACUGCAAACCGUCCGCCCGAGCAAAUAAGCAGUCCCGUCCCGGUUUCCAGAGGAAUAGCUGGAAGGCACUCUGAAUCUUCUGAGGAUCACAGCAGUGACGCCUCUCUCCACUGCAGCUACUAAAGCUCCUGGUUCAGUUCCCUUCACUGCCUGCAUAAUGUAGCCAGCUAAAUGACCUGUCGUUUGGUUCCUUCAUACCUGCCUCUCUGCCCUGCUGUUCAACUGUCUGCCUGCUUACUCUCCACGUAUUCACUUUGACUUUGUACUGUAUUUGCACAUGACCUGCUUAUAAUAUAGAGAAUUAUUUUGGGUACUGAAGUUGUAUUGUUUUUUUUUUCUUUUGUAUAAAGUUAAAAACUUUUGUAAAUAUUAACUCCUUUUAUUUGAAUAUUUUUCCUUUGUCUUUUUUCAUAUGAAAUAAUUCUUUUAUGUGAAAAUGUAUUUUAUUACCGGGUCUUAUCUUUCCCCGUAGGGUUUGCCUGUCACCUUAGUACAUUGUAAAAUGUUUCAGGGUUCCUUUUAUGUACUGAAAAUUAUGUGCAAAUGCAGUAAACAUGAACAAACUAUA